GUGACGGCUGUCGAAUGUCGAUCGACGAACAAGAAAAGCUUCGUGAAUAUUUUUAUGUGUACACAAAUAUUUUUAAAUGAUAAUUUGGAUUGAUAAUGGUAGGCGUGAAGUUAUAUUAGAUGACUGAUUAUUAACUCUUCGGAACAGCCCUCAUAUCUGAGGGCUCCACCCGAGGUCCCAGCAGUGAGCAGCACCGGUAUCACAGUCAAGAGAGACAUCAGCGUCAGCCAUGGCGCAAGUCGGAGCUAAUAUGGAAUACCAAGAAUAUAAGUGGGCUUAUUCAAUUAUGGACUCUUCCAGAGUGUCUGCGUGUCUGAUAUCGAUGCUGUUGAUCGUGUACGGCAGCUUCCGGUCGCUGAACAUGGAGCGCGAGGCUCGCGAAAAGGCUGAGCGGGAGAAGGAGGCCUCACUGCUGGGAAACAAGACUGCGUCCACCUCCUCCGUCAAUAGCAAUGUACAGACGUUGAACACUAUGCAAGCGCUAUGCUUCCCGCUCGGCUCUUCUGCUGCGUUGCUCGUCAUGUUCUUUUUCUUCGACUCUGUUCAAACACUCGUGGCUAUUUGCACGGCAAUAAUAGCGUGUGCGGCGCUUGCGUUCCUUCUGACGCCGCUGUGCCAGUACGUGGCUGGAGGCAGUGGUCGCGGCGCCGUGUGUGGCCGCUACUCCGCCCCCGAGCUAGCGGCCGCGCUGGUGGCCGCUGCCAUCGUGUCCGUGUGGGUGCUCACUGGCCACUGGCUGCUCAUGGACGCAAUGGGCAUGGGAUUGUGCGUUACAUUUAUAGCACUGAUCCGACUGCCCUCGCUGAAGGUCUCCACUCUGCUGCUCACUGGGCUGUUGCUUUACGACGUCUUCUGGGUCUUCUUCUCCUCCUACAUAUUCACCACCAAUGUCAUGGUCAAAGUUGCCACGAGGCCCGCGGAGAAUCCGAUGAACGUGGUAGCACGACGGUUGCAACUGGGCGGUGCCAUGAGGGACGCGCCCAAGCUGUCGCUCCCGGCCAAGCUCGUGUUCCCCUCCAUGCAUCAUCAGGGACACUUCUCUAUGCUUGGUCUUGGUGACAUCGUGAUGCCUGGACUACUGCUGUGUUUCGUGCUUCGCUAUGACGCCUACAAGAAGGCCACCCUCGUCUGCCAAAUGGGACAGGUGCCCGGCCCUAGGUCCAUGGGAUCCCGGCUGACGUACUUCCACUGCUCGCUGUUGGGCUACUUCCUGGGGCUCCUGACGGCCACGGUUUCCGCCGAGGUGUUCAAGGCGGCGCAGCCCGCGCUUCUAUACCUGGUGCCCUUCACGCUGCUGCCACUGCUCACCAUGGCGUAUGUUAAGGGAGACUUAAGAAGAAUGUGGAGUGAACCGUUCAUUGCUCCAACCGGGAAAACGACUGACUUCGACGUUUGAUCAGAUUGAGUCGCCGUGUGUGAAACAUUGCUCGCACAGCGCCGCGCUGAAUAGUUCAAUUUUUUUUUUAAAUUUAGGCUGCUUUAAAGUUAUUUGAAAAUUUAACCGACUACCGCCAUUUUUAAUGAUUGUAUUGAUGAAAGUAUCUAACAGAGAGUAAUUAUUAGCAAGAAUAUUUAAAAUGAAUCAAUUUUUGUGAGUUAAUAACAUAACAAACCCAUAACAUCAAGAAUUUCUUUGUUUUUUAACUAUAAAAUUAUAAAGCAGUUUGUAACGUCAAAUAUGUUUCACUGUCAAUUGUAUUAUACUCAGUUUGCGAAUUUUUAUAAUUUUUUAGACAUUAAGUAAAAUGUGUAGAAAUACGAGUGAAAUCAAAGAUAUCCAAUUGUAAUUGAACUACGUAUAAGGGUCGCUAAAAUGUAUUAUAAAAUGAGCGUUCUCUCUCUCUCUUCUCGUACUAACAACAUCCCAGUGGAAAAACAUCACCUAUCUCUGUCCAGCAGUAAAUGCUGAAAGAUAUAAGAGAUAGGUGAUGUUGGUGUUUUUCAGUAAAUUAAAAGCUUUGGGUACCACAACGGCGCCUAUUUCUGCCGUGAAGCAGUAAUGUGUAAGCAUUACUGUGUUUCGGUCUGUAGGGCGCCGUAUCUAGUGAAACUGGGCAAAUGAGACUUAACAUCUUUUGUCUCAAGGUGACGAGCGCAGUUGUAGUGCCGUUCAGAAUUUUUGGGGUUUUUCAAGAAUCCUGAGCGGCACUGCAUUGUAAUGGGCAGGGCGUAUCAAUUACCAUCAACUGAACGUCCUGCUCGUCUCGUUCCUUAUUUUCAUAAAAAAAGCUGUUACUGUGCUAAUUAAAAUAAAUAAAUAAAUAAUUCGUAGUGUGGGUUAAAUCUUGCAACUGAAGUUUAAAUUGUCCUCAAUUGAUUGAGCUGAAAUUAUAAAUGGUUCAGUACCGAUAAAAAUUAAUUUUUAUGGUGAUCAUAAUCCCGGAUCUCUCCAGAAUUAAGCAACACAUAAAGGAACUCUUCCUGUCUAUUGUAUAUAAGAUUGGCUCAUUACAACGCUCCUCAACGCCACAAAGGUGUCCUAAAAUUUUUCAUGUUCAACCAGACAGUUGUAUAAAUAAGAAAGGGGAAUUUCGACUAAAUUGUUGUAUAACUAAAACUAUAAUCUGGCAAAUAAUUUCUGCAUUUCAUAGAGUAGGUAAUACGACCAAACUUGUUUAGAUGAGAAAAAAAUACACAACUCUGUGGGGUUUAUCAUUUCUCACAAAUCGCAUCCUCUCUUAGUUUCAAAGUUAUGAAUUUCCACAUAAUAUGGGCUCAUUUGCCCUUCUAUUCCAUAAAAAGAAACAAUUAUUUUUUAUAUCUGAGAAUCACCUCCAUGCACCAGCAAAAAAAAACCGCAUCAAAAUAGGAGAGACGGAUUCAAAACUUCUAGUUCGCUCUGUUUGUGCAAUUACAGAAAUACCCAGACAUGUCGCAUCUCUCCCGCCUUCCGCAUUCGCCCCUCCAAGACUGUAUUUUUAUUGGCAGCUAUUCGCAGCAACGUCAGAACGAACUAAAAGUUAGUAUAGGGCUAUACAUGUUAAACUCAUAACAGCAACAUCAAAGCAACUGUUUAUAUUUACAAAAAAAAAAUAUAAUAAAAAUAAUACACCUUAAGAUUUUAUUACUAGUUAUAUUUGAGAAUACAAUUUUGUGUUUGUUUUUUUUUUAUUCGAAUCCUUGUUUUAGCCGCUUAAUUUUUAUGACAUACAAACCGACUAGAUAUUCUUAAGGGCAUCUAUUCAAAUGUGUUAGAUGCUUAAUAGACAUGGAACACUUAGAAGAGCAUGGCGAUAGAAGAGCCCCAAUCAGGGUUAAAUUAAAAUGGAUAGCAAUCGCUUGAGACUGCCGAGAAACGUUACUCCUAGUAGCAGAUAGCAAGCUAAUCCGCUCGGUAUUAUUUUUUGUGGACUGAAUCUUAUCGUAAUUUAGUACUCCAAUUUUAUUUUUUACCUUUUUACAUUACUAUUUGAUACUAUACUCUUGCUGCCUUUAAUUUUCCUUAUUGUAGUGCAAAAGUGACACCUUAAAAUACUCCUAAAGAUUUCUUAAUAGACUUUACGCAAAUUUUUAUUUUAUGUGAUGAAAAUGAAUAGAUUUAAAAUCUUGAUGUUUUAGAGGUCGUGUUUUUGUGACGUUUAAUACUUUUAUAAAUAUAGGUAAAUGUUCGAUUAUGUUGUUAAUUAAUCAUAUUAAUUUAAAUAUUUACCUAUGAUCAAUAUUAUUGAGCCAUUUAGAAUAUGUCCCGUUAAAUUUAAAAUGGUUCGGUAGCUUCUCAAGGAGUUACGUCGGCUUGUUCAUGUCUGAUUACUGGUUUUGUGACAGCUUGGAAAACUGUGAUAUAGACGCGUGAUAGGAGGGCAGAAGACUUAAAUCGAUCAGUCCAUAUAUUUUUGACUGACCAGGAGAUAUCUUAAAGCCCAUUUCUUAAUCCAGUUACGUCUUACACAGAUGGAGUGAUUUUUAUAGUAGGUAUAUAUUUGGUAUAUAGAUAAAAAGAACAAUUUCGGUCACGGACUGAAAUACAAUGAUCUGGCCUCAUUCAGUUGCUUAUAUGCAACUUCUUUUUCGAGAUAUUGAUGUGAUAUAUAUGUAGAAAAAGAGAAAAUUUUUCAACUCUGGUAGAUCACAUUCUUUCUUAAUGGCCGAACCAUCUCGCCAACACCAUCAUUAUAUUCAUGAUUUCUUGACUGUUAGCAAUAGUAUGUAGGUACAUGUAAUUCAAUUUUAGUUGUACAGCUGUUGUUGCGGAGCGAAUUCAGAUCACAUGCCUUGACGGUUCGGGAAGCAAAGAAUUCACGGAAUGUGUGAAUUCAGAUUUAAAUAUUUGUAACGUUUUAGAAAACAAAUUUAAUUUAUUAACGUAGCAAAUAACCAAACACGCUGUUUGACCUUAUUUCUACCAAAUAAAAAUUCUACUUUUAUCAUUUCGUUCAUUUAUUCAGACAGUUCAAAUCGUAAAGUUUGCAGUACAUCAACAAAAACCUAGCAUACGUUUCAUUUCAUUUUCGUUCGAGGAGUUUGCUCCUAGUAUGUGUUUAUAUUUUUUAUUCUUCUUUCGGGAGUUCGCCUCCAUUCGUCCUAACCUCAUCACUGCCGCUUGGUAUGAUCAAAAUACAAUUAAAAAUACUCUUUGACCCACUAUAGUUAAUUUUUACUACUCGAUAUUUCAUGAUUUGAAAAGCUAAUUUAAAUUUUGUUUAAAUUGUAGGGUGAGUAAAAGAAAAGCGCAGUUGCGUUGAACUGACGCUAGAUGCAAUCAUGCCGAUGAUAUUUAUCCCCUUAUUCAUAAUAGUCUUCUAACUUAAAGCAUUGCUAAUUCUCACUCUGUCUUCAUCUAUCUAUUGACCUAAAUCAGAAUGAGAAAAAACACUCCUAAGCGGCUGUUUAAAGUUAGCGGACCAUUAUGAAUAAGGGGGUUAGUGUUUUAGCGGCACCCCAACACUACACACUCAUUAAAUCAUUUUACAUUAACGUUAGCAGACGUCAGCGGGAACUUGUUACUAUGCAAACGGUUCUUUUGAUUGGGGAUUUGUAAAAUGUAUGCCUGAAUUUGUAAAAUGGACGUCACCAAGAUGGCCGCCCGUAGCCACGCCAUCAUGCGGGGCUAAUAUAUGUAUAUUGAUGCUAUAACAUAUCGAUUACAAUGUUAUAACAAAACUCGAUCGCUACUCACGAAAUAACCUGUUUGAUUAACAUAAUAACACUAAAAAUAUUUUGUAUUGUUGUUGUUUGAGUAAUUUAAACUAAUACUAAUGGUUAUUUUAUACUGUGGUGUGCAAAAGUAUUAACUUUAUUACUAUUAAUUAUACAAAACCGGCCUUACAAAUUAACUUACAAAAAAAGCCUAAAGUUAUAAGUACCAAAGAAUAAACCAAGAAAAUGCAUAAUGUUUCCAAAUACUUACAUAACAUUUUGCUUAUGAUUGGAUUACUCUGACAUAUAACGUUUCCCGCGUUUAUUUACAAGGCUGCCUGACAUUUGGAAAACUUCAGAAUAAUCAUUUUAUUGACAGUAUUGUCAGCGAUAUAUGUCAUGUCAAUGUCAACAUUUUGCGUAUUCAUCAUUUAUUCUCAGGUAUAACUUUAUGCCAACUUUAUUUGUGAGGCCGUAAAUGUUUUUGAGAAAUUACCUAAAUUAUUUACUAUAUUAUCUUUAAUUAAGUAUCCUUUUACUAAUAAUAAACAUAUUUUAUAGAAAAUUUCCCUUAUCAGUUCACAUUCUGCGUGUUUCCAUUGAUUCUUUUCAUUUUUUUAAUUAGCGAGACCUUGAAAUCUUGGCUGAAAAGAUGAGAUUAAAAUGAAACAAAUAAAAUUCCCCUCCUAAACGGCUAUAUAUAUUUCCAUUAUUUUCCAUCGCCCUUGCUUUAUAAAUAUUAUAUAUUAUACGUUACAUUUCAAAAGUCUAUUUUUAGAUAGGGGUCAUAAAUACUUCAGUUCGAAAAAGAUGUAUUUUAAUUAUAUGAUUCUUCAUGCAAAGGUACUGUUAUACGUAUUAAUAUGUCAAACAUUGUAAGUAUAUACUGUGGUAGUAUUUUUGACUACCUAUGUUAUUUGUUGUUAAAUUUACUAUAAAUUUAUUCGCAAGUUUAUGUAAUUGUAAUGAACAGGUAAAUAGCGCGCUUUAUGUUGUUACGCAAAACUGUAGAUCGACAGACAUUACUAAGAUUCUUAACAUACCCGUAAGUGCGAUAGAGAAGGCUCAUAAAUCACAAACAGUAUUGCAACGGCAGCUAUAGAGCUGUUUGACAUAAAUAUCUUUUGUUUUUCACACAAAAAAUGACAUAGAUUUUCUUGUCAUAUGUCUUUAUUUUCUAUAAAUAUUGCAUUAUACUUAUGCUGUCAACAAAUUUCUCUUAAAAUAAUUUGUUACAUAAUAAAUAUUUUAAGAGAAAUUUGUAAGAAAAAUCGGCAAGGGUCUUGUUGGAACGGCUUUAUGUGAUGUGAGAUGACGUAAGAAUAUAAUAUUAAUUAAAAAAUAAAUGUAAUAUGAACAAAUAAAUGUGUUAAAUGUUGUUUUUUAUAAGCGAGUGAUUUUUUGGUGAAUCUACAUUUUUUUACUAAAACUAUAUUUCUAAGAUAGUUUAUCUAAUGUUUUAACUUAGCCUAAUCAGUAUUGUUCAAUGCAAUAUGAGGCUCGUUUUUGUAAAGAUCUCUCUCAUUGAGCCUCAUUGAUAUUUUAUAAAUAAAUUUACUUACAUUUUAUGGUGUUAAAUAAGAUUCCAAAAUAAUAAAUCAUAUUUGAGACAGGAGUGGCCAUCCUAAAUAGCAUAAGAAUCAUUUUAUAAACGUGCGCCUUUUUGCCUGUACUCACAUUUUACAAACGUCGAACCAAUCGACUUAGUGACGUUGACAGAUGUCAAAUAUUUAGUUUUCGUUUGCUUUACGGUCAAAUAAAAACUCAUGAUAAUCGUAAACUGAAAGCAAAGAGGAUGUAAAUACUACGUAAUAAGAGGCGGGUCUGUCUAAAAAUUGAAAUUUAUUUUAGUAUGAAACGUGCAGACGUUUUCACAUAAGUUUGAAAUGGUAGUAAUUACAGUAUGGCGAUUGGCGACGAAGUAUAAUUCGGCUAAGUUUGAAAAUGAACAGUUGCUUUAAACGUAGUGGAUUUCGGCUAUCUCCGUUUUUUUUUACAAGAUUGUAGCCGUCAUCUGUCAAUCUAUCAAUGACUGCGCGUUUCAUACAAUCGAGUGAAUCGCUUUUUCUUAGAGUGUAUCAACGUCGUUAGCAUACUCAUUGUCAUUGGCUAAUUUGUGAUGGCCCCUCUAUCGAAAAAAAAAACAGAAUUACACGCGGUGUCUUAUAAAAACGGCUAGCUAAAAAUUAUAUUAGUUUGGGAAACUGCAUAAUUAUAUUGUGAAUUCUUUUAUAAUAGUUUUUGUGUUAGGAAUGUUUACGAUAAUAAACCACUGUAAAUACUGGAUGUAGAUGUAAGAUAAUAGUAACAUUUCACUGCUCCAUCACAUGUCUACUGUAUUGUAAAUAAUGCUCACAUAUUAUGUUCUUAAUUCAUUUAAUGUUUUUAUAAGUUUUGGCGUUGCCCUGCGGUCACUUCGGACUAAGUGUUGACAUCGGUUCUUAUGGUCCGUUCAGACCUGCAGGUAACGCAGCGCCUUAAGUUUAGUUAAGAUACUCAAUAAAAAUAUUACAUGAACAAACAA